GAGAGAGAGAACAUCUAGCUUGAGACAAAUACAUAGAGAACACAAAAGACAACAACAUUACAAUCUCAGUAGUUCUAACUGCAAAAGGGACCAGCUAAACAAAGUUUUACCAGAAUACUUCUACCAGGACAUCUUAACUUGUUAAGUGUGAACUUUUGAACUUUAGAAAAAUAUGAAGAUCAACUCUGUCAUCGUGUUCAUCACUCUUCUGGCCAUCACUGCAGGGAUGAGCCUGGGAGGACUGGGGGCUGACCUUCGCUGCCACUGCAUCCAGACAGAGAGCAAGCCAAUUGGUCGACACAUACAGAAGAUUCAGCUCAUUCCUGCAAGCUCCCACUGCAGUGACACUGAGAUCAUAGCCACUCUGAAGCAGACAGGCCAGGAGGUGUGCCUGGACACUAAAGCACCCUGGGUAAAGAAGGUCAUCGCCAAGAUCCUGGCCAAUAAGAACCGUUAAAGAGAAGAGGAGGCGGACCACCACUAAAGUGUUAUAAUUUUUAGAUACAUAUUUUUAUUUUCUUAUCAUGGUUUACAAAUGAUAGAAAUAUACACUAUUCAAGUUUUCCAAACAUCAACCAGUUAUCUCACUCAGGCAGGGGCUGGGAUUAUCAAUCUAAAUGAAUGCACUGACUAAUAAAGUAAAUUAUUAAAACUAAAACUUUAGUUUUACUGGGGCACAGCAGAUUUAUACUGGGGCACGUGCCCCAGUAAAAAGGGUCGAACGACGCCCCUGCACUCAGGUAUUGUUCACACAUGUUCUUUAGAUGUUAUGUAAUUUAUUUAAUAUUCAUUGUGUGUGCUUUGUUAUUGUUAUUUAUUUUACUAGUUACAUAAUAAUACGUAUGAAUCUCCUCAGUUGUCCUAUGUUAAUUAUAUGUUUUUGUUUUGAGCACUGUGACAUAACUUAACACUGAAAUAUGUAUUGUACUUUUCUGCAUAGACCUAGGAAAACCUUUUAUAUGAAACAUUAAAAUGUAUUUAUUUAAAA